CUGUAAAUAUCACAGUAAACAUUUUCUACCGGUGCACCGUCUUGACCGUGAAAAUGAAAAUCGAAACAAACGCAAUUAUAUAAAUUCCUAAUAUAUCUGUUCAGUUAAGACGAAUUUCGGUGUUACAGUAAAAGGAUGCAGGAGAUAAAAGAAAGAGAGUUAUAAUAAAAUACUACAAUGUUAGAGGGACUAGCAGCAUGGGUUUUGAACACCUACGUAGGGGAGUAUGUAGAGAAUUUGAACACACAUCAGCUGUCCAUAGCAUUAUUGCAGGGAGCUGUGGAACUAGAGAAUUUGCCAUUGAAGAAAGAUGCACUCAAAAGUCUUGGUUUACCCCUACAAGUCAAGUCAGGUUUUAUUGGAAAGAUCACAUUACAAAUUCCUCUACGUAGACUACACAGUGAACCAUGGGUGAUUUCUAUAGAAAGAUUAUAUCUUGUUGCUGGACCAUUGAAAAAUGCUGAGUAUGAUGAAGAAAAAGAAAAGGCAAGCGAGGCAGCUAGGAAAGAUAAAAUGCUUGAGGCUCUUGAAGCUAAAUUACAGGUUCAAAAAGAAGUGAAACAAGAGUCUUCCUGGUUUUCUUAUGGUACUUCUGUAGUGGCAAACAUUCUAGAAAACUUACAGUUGAAUAUCAAAGAUGUGCACAUCCGCUAUGAAGAUGAUAUUACCAAUCCUACUUGUCCAUUCUCAUUUGGUGUUGUCAUCAAAAAUCUAAGUGCUCAAAGUACAGAUGGAUCUUGGACACCGAAGUUUGUGAGCAGGGACAAUGUAGAGCUUAUGCACAAGCUGGUAGAUUUGAACAAUUUCUCUAUCUACUUUGAUACCAACACUACAUUGGUUGGACAUCUUCCUAAAAAUAAAAUGACGGACAAUUUACAGAGGGAGAUGUAUGUUUCAAGUAUAACAAAACAAUUCAAGGAACAUGAGUAUAUUCUGUCACCUGUGUCAGCCAAAGCAAAGAUGAAACGUUUUACCACACCGCUCCCACUUCGUGACAAGAUGGUUCCCCGUAACAAUAUAGACUUGAACCUUGAGAACAUGGCUUUUACACUAAGUGAGAACCAGUACAGAAAUAUUGUCAUGUUACUGAGAGAGUUUGAGAAGUAUGAGAAGAGUAAACCAUUUAGGAAAUGGAGACCGCACUGCCCUGUGGCAAACAAUGCAAAGAAAUGGUGGCAGUUUGCUAUUAAAGCUAAAGUUUCUCAAAUACAAGAUAGAAACAGAAGAUUAACAAAGGAUUUUAUCAUAACAAGGGUUCAAGAUAUUGUUGUCUAUAUCAAAAUUUACACAUCUCAGUUAAAGAAGGAAUAUAUCGAUAAUACAUUAAAAGAAAGACAAGCCGAGAUAGAGCAAGAAUGGACAUUUGAUGAAAUAAAGAUAAUCAGAGAAUAUGUUUUAAGAAAGUUGAUCAGACAAGGUGUCCUGUCUAAGGCACCCUCUCCUGAACCUGAGCCUGGUACCAAAAAAUCAGCUGAUAGCCCUCCUGAAGAUAAAUCUUUACUACAGCGCUGGUUCCCAGGAUGGGGAGGAUGGUAUGGUUCCCAGCAAGGAUCUGAUACCAGCAUGGUACCAGAUGAAGGAGAUAAUGUUGAUAGAACUGAUGAACCUCCUGUAAAAAUAUCCAAGUCUGAGCUAGAACAAGAGUUGAGGGAUGAGGUAGAGUUUGUACUAGGAGAUGGAGAAGAUGAUAAAUCUGUACUGAAGAGAGAUGCUGUGUUUGCUAAACUCAAUUUUUGUUUGAAUAAUGGCUCAUUCAAAGUACAAGGGAAUAAAACUAUGUCUGAAUCUCAAGAUGUACAAAGUUACAGUAUACUAGAGUUAGAAUGUUCAGCUAUAGAAAUGAUGUUUGAAUCACGUCCUAGAACUGGUGGUUUCACAUUUGGUCUUGAUGUAGGCGGACUGAGACUUCUAGAUAAGAUGACAGAACACACACAGUUUCCAUGCCUUGUGGGAUCACAAAAUAAGGAGAGGUUUGGAAUAAAGAGACAGAUAGGGACACCAGGAACACCAGGCUAUCAGAAAUCCUCUAAAAUUACCCCAGUACAAGAAGAGACAGAAGAAAAAUUGUUUGCACUGAAGUUUGAGAAAAAUCCAUUUCAAACAGCAGCUAAUUACAGGUUCAGCAUAUUAACACAGCCACUUGACAUUGUGUAUAACACUGAAGCUUUAAGGCGGAUCAAGGAAGUGUUCUCAUCUAAGAAUAUCUAUGUUGCCAAGAAGAGUGAAAGUGCCUUGUCCAGUGCUGCUAGGAGACAGUAUGAAACACUGAAACGACAGACACAGGCCGAGUUGAAACAUUCAUUGGAACAGAUACUAGAGGGGUCAGAGAAGGCAAAGAGAUGGGAGAUAAAUCUUGAUGUGGCAGCCCCACAGAUCAUCAUACCUGAGAAUUUUGUAUCAGAUAAUACAAGUAUGGUAGUGUUAGAUCUAGGACACCUGAAGCUACACAACACACAGACUGGAACACCUAAUACUGAGAGUACAGAGAAUAAUGAAGACGAGUUUCUUACACCAAUGUCAACUCCACCUAAUGAGCCAGAGAACAGUGCAAAUAAAGGUAUAGACAUUGAACAAUUAUCCCAGAUGGAGCUUACAGAGUCACAGCUGUACAGCACAAUAUAUGAUCAGUACACACUAGAAUUAACAGACCUUCAGGUGAUGACAGGUAAAAUGAAGGACAACUGGAAACAUAUACAUCACAGAAACUCUACACCGUUACAUCUUGUAGACAGAUUUACUAUCACUCUUCAAUUAGAAAGACGACUGAUCUACACGGCUGAUCCGAGAUUUCCUACUGUAAUUGUUACAGGCAACCUACCAUCACUUACUGUACAUGUUAAUGAACAAAAGGUUCAGAUAAUUAAUGCGUGUGUGAAGUCUUUGUCUCCACCAUCAAACUUAAACCAGACUGUGAAAUCUUCAAGCAGCCAAUCAUUGACAGAGUCCUCUAGUGAUGUGAACAUUAAAGAACUAGGGAAGAGUACUCUUGUAGACUCUUUAUUACAUGACAAGGAGGACAACCCAGAGAAGAAGUUGAAAGAGCUUUUAGAAGAAUCACAGCUGUUUCUUGUUGACUUUACUGUAAAACACAUGUCUUUAGAAAUUCACAGCAGAGAUAGAGCAGUUGCUGAGCUACAGGUGUCUGGUGUGAAGACCAGUGUGACAAAGAGGCCAUAUGAUACUAGUGUAAAACUAAUGGUACAUAGUCUACUAGUAGUAGAUGCUCUACAGACGUACGGACAAGACUUUGAACUGCUGGUCGCCUCUCAUAGAAACAUUACCUUUAAAUCUCCAACCAAUCAGGAAACAGUUGUGGAGAUUGUCAGCUUCUUAAAGAGAACAGUACCCAAAUCUAAACCAUCUGGGAUACGGCGUCCCUCUGCAUCAAAUACUUUGGCAGUAAACCAGUCAAUGUUUGCCGGUUUAUCAAAUUCUGAUACUGAAAGAUCUAGGACUGAGGUGACAGCUGACUUCAACAGAUUGUCUGUUAUGAUGAUGAGACUGGAUACCAGUACUGGUGUAAAGUCAGCUAGAAAGGUUGCCACGGCAACAAUGUCAUGUGCUAGGCUACAAGCUAGCAUAGAUACAGAACUAAGUAUGUCAGGAUCUCUGGGAGGCUUUCAUGUGUACGAUGUCACACCAGAUAAUAAACGGCACCGAAGAUUAUUCAGUGCAGGCAUAGAUGGUGCACAGGAAUCUAUCAUAAGCCCACAUAUGUACAGAACGGCUCAUGAGUCAACUGUAUUUGAUUGUGAAGAAGAAACUAAGGCAUUUUCAUUUCACUUUAGCAAACCACUUAGUAACAGGAGUGACACAUAUUUAGAUACUACUAAUGCAGAAGAUGUUAAAAAAGUCAGUUUGAAAGUUGCCUCCCUUUGUUACACACAUUCACCUAAGACUGUAAAUGAACUGUCUCUUUGUGUAUCUGAAUUUAAGGAAUACAAGUCGUCUGUGGCAAAGUCUUUAAAAUCAGUUGCUAGCGAGGUUGCUAAAGGAAUGGUUGCUAAGCGAUCAGAACUAGGCCUUGGUCAGAAUUCAUUUUUUGGAAGUUCAAGCAGUUUGGAUACUUAUGGUGGCUCAAGACAAAAGCUAAAUCAAGCCACAGAGAAAACAGAGUCGGAAUAUUUUGACAACGUGACGUUUUGUGAUGAAAGUGAAGAUAAAGAUAUGAGAAUUGAACUUGAUGCUUCAUUUGACUCGCCCAUAAUUGUUGUGCCAAAAAAUGCCACAAGUUCAAAUGUACUUGUCGCUCAUUUGGGUCAGAUAACAGUUAGUAACACGGUUGACAAAAGUCUUGGUCAUUCAUUUGAAGAGGUGCUCUCUGAUGGUGAAGGACAAAAACCUGACAGGAUUUUCAUGGAAGUACGUAAUAUGAAUUUGUAUUCUGCAGAUAUUGACAAGAAAACACAAACACAUAAAAAUUCCAUUAAUUUAGAUGGUUCAGUGGAUUACAGAUCAUUGACUAUUGAAAGUGAUAUUGGGACACCAAUUAUGUUUGAUACUACAAUACAUGUGACUAUAGAUCAUUCAGCAAAAAACACAUCUGUGAUUAAUGUCAACAAUACCGGAGAAUAUCCUGGACAUUUUCAACCUAAAGAUGUAAACGAUUUGUUUUAUGAACAAGAAAAACAGCCUGUUUUAGACAUAAGAGCUAGAAUUCAAACACCACUGAAACUUGUUCUUCAGAAAAGUGUUUACGAACAAAUUUUGCAGACAUCAGAUUAUAUGUCUAGUGCAGAUGAGAAGAUGCCAGAAGAGUCAAAUUCAAAUCAGAAUGCAACAAGUGGAGACAGUCUACCAAAAAGCUCGACUGGUUCACCUGAUCUUCCAUCUCAGCCUGAGAGUUUGUCUUCCAGCAGAAUGUCCAGUCUAAACCAGUCUCAGAGUGACAAAUUGUUUGUCACUAAGAAAUUCAGAUUAGAGGUUCCUUUAUUUAGUGUUGAAUUAAGAGGUGAUUUUGGUGAAGGGGACAGAGGUGUUGUAGAACUUAAACUUCACAGAUUUCUCCUAGACUUCCUAAAGGAUAAUCCAGCAACCACGAAAGUGGAGGUCUCUCUGAAGUCAUUAGAAAUGGAUGAUUUAUUAGAAAGUCCAGAUUCUCCUCACAGGCAGAUCAUGGUUUCCAAGGAGCCGAAGAAAGAUGAAUUUGCAAACAUGACACCAAGGGAGUUUUUGUCCCAAUCUUGUCCAGAUAAUGCAAUUGUUGCUCCUGUACCAAUGAUGCCUCAUUCUCUGCCAAGCAGUUUUCAUAACCUUGUGUCAAAGAUGAACCAGCCUGUGGUCACUGAACCAUUUGUUAGACCUUUCUUGUCUUCCCCAGCCUUUGCAAGAGGAAGUAGAAUGCAGCCAGGAGUGAGUCCAAAUACACCACCACCCACUCCUCGUUUUUCACGUAGCCAUUCACAUGACGAGUUCUCAGGUGAAAAUCUAGUACACAUUUCUGUUCUUCUUGUUGACAAAGCUUCACCUGAAUAUAAAGACAAAUACAAUGAAACAAAAAGAUUUGUUGAUGUGGAUUUUAACUGUUUAGACACUAAAAUUAACCAGCAGACAUGGGUGGUUUUGCUAGAUUUCCUAGGUCUUGGAGCAAAAGUACAUGAUGUGGAUAUCCUUGCUGGAAAAGAGGCAGAUCCUAAAAAUAAACCUGUCAAUCCUGAGGAAUAUGAGCAACCUGUUGUAAACUCAGAGAUCAAACUGAAGAUAGAGAACUUAUCUAUAGUUCUUAACAAACCAGAAUAUCAAUUCUCUCAGGCCAGUAUCUCCAAGAUGAACUCUCACCUCUCACUCAGGGACGGAAACUUCCACAUCAAAGGUCAACUAGGAAAGAUUUGUGUCCUUGACCUUUCUCCUAGUGGUAAAUUAUACAGAGAGAGAUUUUUAACAGUAGGUGACCAAGCCCUGGAGUUUGACUUCUUCAAGUUUGGUUUGCCAGACCCAUAUUUAAUCAGAGAUUAUGACAUGAAGUUAAAGCUGCGAAUGUCUUCCGUACGAUACACACAUACCAACAAGUUCCAGGCAGAGAUGCUAGGAUUUGUUCAACAUUUUCUACAGUUACAGGAUGUCCUGGGUAGAAUGAGGGCUGCUUCAGCAGGGAAAAAGAUAAAUGAAGAAGCUUACCACCAACCAAGGAUUUUAUUUGAUAUAGAGGCUGGUUCCCCUAUCAUACUCAUACCUCACAGCUCUAAAACUACUGAUGUACUAGUUGCUGACCUUGGCAGGCUGUCUGUCAAGAACUGCUUUCAAAAAGAUGGUGAUUCUGGUACAUUUAAUGCUGAGAAGCAGUCAGAAAAAGUUAAAACACCGACUGAGAACCUGUCUAAGUCUGGUUCAGACAAAAGCUUUGGUAAACAGUUAGUGUCAAGGUCAAAUUCUCAAUCUUCUGUAAGAUCUAUAAAUAGCCGGACUGGUAUUAUAACUUCAAGAAGUAUUUCACAAACUGAUGGUUCUCAGUCUGGGAUGCAGUCUGUGCUUUCAGAGGAUACUUUUGAGGACUUACUGCAGCAGAGCCGGGAAGAAGAUCCAAUGUCAUCAAGUGUAUAUGGUAGUCUUGAUCAUGAUACAAGAUACGAUGGUAUGUUUGACCCCACUGAAGUGUCUUCUGUAGGAUCAAGUGUGGAUCCUGAAUCACCCAGACAGAAUUCUGGUCUAAAUCUUUCUCUCUCUGAAAAUACAUCUUUCCAUUCGAUGCAAGCUAGUUCUGCAAGUAGUCCAUUUCUUACGCCUUUAAGUGACAUUACAUUGACUGAAAAAUUGACUGGUUUUGCAAAAGGUAAUACCAGUCAAGAUGGAAAUGUUGCUAUGGAGAUAGAUGAUCAUAAAUGCUUGCUGGAUGUUCUGGAUGUGCGUUUAUGUGAUAUGGAUCUGUUUGCAGCAGAAAGGGUAGAGAAGAGACAGUAUAAAGGGAAGAAUCUUCAUCAGGAUCUCGAGUUCCCAUCUUGUGUAAUUCAGAGACAGGGUUGUAAGCUGUUGAAGGAGAAGUGCAUGUUGAACUUACAGAUUGAGAGAAACUUGGAGGGAGAUUUCAGUCAUGCUGUACCAGAUUUUCGAGUACAGGGGGCGCUUUCAUCUGUCCACUGUUGUCUCGAUAUUGACCAGUAUAAACUUAUUAGAGGACUUUUGGAUCAUAACUUGGGAGAGAAGUUUGAAAACUUCAAGAAAGAACUUCUUACACACAUGCAAAAUCCAAAUGUACAGACUGUACUAAGUGGAGAUGUAUGGACAAUGAUUUCAUUCGCUGUUGACCUCAACAAUGUGACUGUUGAACUGUUGACCUCUCAUAAACUUGAUUCUAGUCAGCCUGAGGUCAGCUUAGCCAAACUUGACUUCAUUCGUUCCAGGUUGUCAUAUGACCUGUUUUCUGACCAAUCAAAAGAAACUGACCUUGUUUCCAAGGAGAUACUUAUAAGUGAUACCAGGUUUAGAGAUAUGGCUAUCAAUCUUAAACCCUGUGUGUUUGAGAAGAUUCUACAGCCUACAAAGGAUGCGAGCCCGGACAGUUUACAGUUAGAGCUACACUACAGGGCGACAGUAGAGAGUAUGGGGUUAAAGGUCAUCAUAAACAACAUGAAACUGCUGUGUAGUUUUGAUUGGAUCAUUGCCCUACAACAGUUCAUCUCUACAAAACCAGAUAAUCCUUUCCUAACUGUCCAAGAAUCAGCUGAUGAUAAUGUGGAAGAGGUUCGAUCCCCUACUCUGUCAUCAUCCAGUAAAGGCUCACGUACCACCAGUCCCUUGAUGACAUCUGGUGGUAUAAUAACAAAGAGGGCUGGUUCUCUUGUAGAACAGACUGAUGUUCCAUUUGAGUUGAAGUUGAAUGUAAGGGAUACAGAGUUUGUUGUUGUAGAGAAUCUGGCCUCUGCUGAUACCAAUGCUGUCAUCCUGAAGUGUACAUCAGUAUUAUCGUACAGACCUAAAGCUCAGGACAAGUUACUCUCAUGUACUCUUCAAAGUUUGGAGAUUUUCUCGUGCUCUCUACAAGCGGAGGAAGAAACAGCCCUGUCAAUUGUAGAUCCAAUGUCGGUCACUAUAGAGCUGAUUCCAAACCCUCUACCUAUUGUUAAACCUAACACAUUUACAGCCGGACUGGUUGAUGCGGCAGAAUUUGAUCUCAAACAAAUGCUUCUAGACAUAAACUGUAACACAAUGAAUGUAAGAUUGUCAUACCAGGAUAUGAAGAUGUUUCUGGCUAUAAUGGAUUCUCUACCUAAACAAGCAUUACAAGCUAAUAAAACAGCUGAGUCACCAGUGUCACAGUUCACAGAAGCACAGAUGACAAAGUUAAUGGAUAUGAACUUCAGUCGAGAGGAUUGUUUGAAAUCUUUGAAGUUAAACAAGGACAACCUGGAGGAGGCUGCUGUAUGGUUGACAGAAAAUUCUAAAGUGGUAAAACCAAAGAAAGAUGAUCCUAAAAUAACAGCUGUUGAGGUAAAUAUGACAACAUUCUGCCUAUGCCUUAUAGAUGAUUGUUUAGAUGCAGAUGUUCCUCUAAUACAGCUCAACUUCUUUGGUAUGGAUCUGAAGUAUGAACCUGGCAGGGAAGGUAAAGCCGGGUUCCAGAUAGCAGGGGAUUACUAUAACAGGACACUGUCAGGCUGGGAACCACUCAUUGAACAAUGGAGGUGUCAUGCCCAAUGGAAGAACUAUAAACAAGCAGAAGAAAAGCUAGCCAUAGAAAUUUCAGCUCCUGAUGUAUUGAACAUCAAUGCAACUAGUACAUUGUUAGAACUAUACAAUAUGACCAAGGAUAAAUGGACAGAAGAUUACUACAAACAUAAAGAUGGAUCUCAGAAGGAGCUAUACUCACCUAGUGGAGCUAGAAGACGUCAGCUGUUUACACCUUAUGCUGUACGUAACCAUACUGGAUCUCCAGUCUGGUUUGCACCAGUCACUGUUAACCCUUCCCUGGUGGGGGCAGACACCAUGAAAUACUCCGAGCAAAGAUUUAAUGAAUCUGAAAUGAUAUAUGUGCCUCCGAAUCAGGAAAAAACUUUCAGCUUCCGGAGGAAAGAUAAGAUAAGACACAAGAAAUCCAGCUCAUUGGUUGUGAAUCAGUUGAUUGUGAAAGUAGAUGGAUGGCAGGGAUUACGUCCAGUGUCAGUGGACAAAGUUGGCAUCUACUUCAGAAAUACCCUACCAGAUGUUAGCAAACCUUCCAUCAUUAAAGUGAAUGAUCAGCAACAGGCUAGGAUUGUGUUUGAUAUCCAGCAAGAGGGCAGUGCCAGGAAGGUGAUCACUCUAAGGUCAGCCCUCAUGGUGUCUAACCGGCUUGACACCCCUAUAGAGUUAAAGAUGGACAACCCUAUUAUUCCAGGUCGUUACGAUUACAUCACUGUAAAUUCUUGUCAACAAAAGUCAAUUCCUAUGCCAUUUUUGUCAUCCAGACUCUGGAUAAGGCCUAGUGAUUGGCCGGUUGAACAUUCACAUGAACCAAUCAACUGGCAGCACAUUGGUAAACCAGGAGAAGUAAAAACAACUUUGAGGGAAUGUAAAAUGCCUGACACAAAUGCAGUAUUUAGGUAUUGUGCUGCUGUGAGACGAGAACAUUUUCCAGAAGAAUCUGUAACUAGAGGAUUAUCUCCCCUACCUGGUCAUACAAUAUUGAUUAUGCCCCCUGUAACUAUAGUAAACCUGCUUCCAAUAGAUCUUGGAUAUUACUUUAAGAACACAGAUAUUACUGGAGAUGUUAAACCAGGGAAGAUGGCUCAAAUACCGGCUGCUGAUUUGACAAGCCAGUUAGAGCUUGGUAUAAGCUUGGAGAACUUUCAGGUCUAUAGGGAACUAUCAAUACCCUCUGAUACUAGAAGAUACAAGGUAAAACUGCGACUCAUUGACUCUGAGAAAAGAUUGCUUGAACUCUAUGUAGGGAUAACAUGUAAACUUGGUUCAUUAAAGUUGGUAAUCAGUGCUCCAUACUGGAUAGUAAACAAAUCAGGUUUACCGCUGGUAUUUCGCCAGGAUGGUUCAACAGAGGAAGCCGCAGGACAGUUUGAGGAGAAUGAAAUGGCCAGGAUUGUCUCCCCUUUCUUGUUCAGUUUCACUGAUAAGGAAGCCCCCUAUUUGUGUGAAAUGAGAGUGGGAAAACACAAGCAUGGACCCAACACAAUACCUAUAUGGAGUAACAGUUUUUCACUAGACAAGGAAGCUAAUGUUUGCCAACUACACGUGACGCCUAAAGAUGGGAACCGCCCUGACUGGGUAUAUAACAUUGGUAUUGAGACAAAGCCAGGUAAAGGUCAGUUCCGGCACACAAGUAUUGUGACGUUAUCUCCCAGAUAUCAUGUAGAUAACAUGUCGGAACAUAAACUAGCUGUCGCACAGAGACAUUUCACUAAUAAAGAGGCUAUACACAAUCCAGAUGGUCACUUAACAGCCUUGCCAAAUUGUAAGAUGCCAUUUCAUUGGCCGAGGCAGGAUUUAGAUCAGUUGUUAUGUGUGAAGUUAUUGGACAUUGAGGAGAGUAAUUGGUCAGGUGGUUUCAGAAUUGAUUCAGUGAACUCUUUUCAUAUAAACAUGAGAGAUGGUCGCAAGAAUUCUAUUCUACUGAAAGUAGAAGUUCUGCUACAAGGUCAGACAUUCAGUAUAAUAUUUUCUGAUGCUGAGGAAACACCCCCACCUUUCAGGAUUGAUAACAUGUCAGAGGUACCAUUGUUGUAUUUCCAAACUAAGACUACAGAAGAGAGACUAAGAACAUUUAUAAGACCACAGACAAGUUUGCCAUAUGCCUGGGAUGAGCCUACCCUUGACCCAUAUAUGACAUUGGCUGUAGCUAAUGGUACAACAGCCACCUAUAACCUGGAUAUUCUCGGUGAAGGGGAGCAGCUCACCUACCAGAACUAUCUAUAUAUCUGUGCUACAGCUACAAUACCGAGGGGUGAUGGAUACAGUAAUGAGCGUACAGAUCUUGUUCUAGACUGUGAACAUAAUUAUGUGAAAUUCAGGAAAAAGGAGGCAGGAAAAAGAUCACAGUUAUGGCGUAUGACUAGCAGUGGUAUGUUAGAACAUGAGGGUACAGGACAACCCAUGGAUCCAAGCAAAGCCAGCGCUUCACGGCCAGGUCAGAGAUUCGUACUUGAUAUCGCUGACAUAGCAUACCAACCUGGCAAGCCAGUUGCCCUUGCGCUGAAAAAAGCUGAUGAAAGACGAGCAGCUAAACAGACCUGGAGAUUUGUGGAUGGUAUGCUAUGUUGUUCCACUGGUUUUUUCUGUGUACAGGCUGUCAAUAAUGAUGAUGGCUUACAAGAUGGUGCUAUAGCUAUAUUAGGACCAGGACCAGCAGAGGGUACCCCUGUCCCUGCCUGUAUGCAGAUAUCAUGUCAGAAACUUCAUCCUGGUAGUGGCUGUCUUACUGUACGUAUACAGAUGGACGGCCCUGUUAGAGUUGUACAAAUAAAUGAUGUGAAACAACGGCAUAUAAGAAAAAUGGUAAGCAAGGAUGAUGAUGAUUGGGAAAUCUACGAGGAAUCACUUAACCAUAAAACUAAUGAGAAACGCAAGAAACCAACACAGAAAUAUAUUGAGUUGGAUGUAAAUUUAAAGGGUGGAGUUGGUUUGUCUCUAGUAAACAAGGUGCCUGAAGAGCUGUUAUAUAUUACAUUAAAGAAUAUCACCCUUAGUUAUCGUUCCAACCAGAGAGGUACAACACUUGAAAUGAAUGUAGCAAAUAUUCAGGCUGACAAUCAGUUGUUUGGUGCUAGUCGUACAGCUAUGUUGUUUGUGACACCUACCUCAAAACGAGAUGUUGUAGAAAAUACCAAUGCGUUACUUAUAUCAGCUCAUAAACUUCCCAAUGUUGGCUGGAAUGCUGAAAUAUACAAGCACUUGAUUAUCUCUAUGAAGAAGCUGACUAUUCAGUUAGAAGAAGAGUUGCUAUGGAAACUUGUACAGUUUGCUGGCUUUGGCCAAUCAGAUAAAAGCUUGGAAAAACUAGAUGAGGGAAUUGAUGAUUUACAAAAGACCCUUUCCAGCGUGGCCUCGGUUAAAACAAAACGUUAUUAUUUUGGUAACCUGCGAGUGAAUCAGACAUGUAUAACAUUGAGUAUGUUAAAAGCAUCAGGAGGUUUACCACCUGAUCUAGCCAGCUUAAAGAAAACUAUGGGAAUACCACUGGUAAACUUUGAGGAUGCUGAGGUUGAUAUUGCACGAUUUUGUGAAAGUCAUACAUUUGAAUCUAAAGAAUUCUUCAUGAAUGAACUGAAAAAGCAUUAUAAGGACGAAUUGACAGGACAGGCUAUAAAGAUCCUUGGUUCUGUAGACUUCCUAGGUAAUCCGUUAGGUCUUGUGAAUGAUGUGGCCGAGGGCUUAUCAGGUCUAAUAGAGGAGGGAAAUGUUGGCGGACUUGCUAAAGGCAUCUUUCAUGGAUUCUCCAACUCUACUGCUAAAGUGACAGGAGCAUUAUCAGAAGGAUUGAGUACAGUACACAUGGACAGUAAACACAAUACAAAGAGACAACAGAUUAGAAGUAGUGCUACAUCUAGUGGUAGUCAGUUUAUGUCCGGGCUCAGAGGUUUAGGGCAUGGACUGUAUGGGGGAGUGAAGAGUAUAGUCAAACCUUUUGAAGGGGCAGCUGAAGGUGGCAUCGAGGGAUUUGGAAAGGGUUUAUACCAAGGUGUUACAGGAAUGGUAACAAAACCUGUCGCUGGAGUAUUGGACUUUGCUUCGGGAAUGUCUAACGCUGUCCGUGAUGCAAGUCGACGGUCCUCACACAUGCAGCCAGGUCGUGUGCGCAACCCUCGGUGUUGCCAUGGCACUGGAGGUCUUCUGCCGUCCUACUCAUUACCACAGGCAGAGUCUCAGACUUUGUUAUACAGACUGAAUGAUCAUUGCUAUGAUGAAGUGUUUAUUGCGACAGAUUUGGUACGUGGAGGGGAGACUGAUACAUUAUAUGUAAUGAUUACAAGUCAUCAAGUUUUCUUCCUGAAAAAUCUAGAUCAUCAUAAAGAAAAUAUCAUCCUUAACAUUAAACAUAGUGAUUACACUCAGUGUAAAAACUUUGAAAAAGAUGGGAGGUUUUAUGUAGAAAUCUACAUUAGUAGUAUUAGACACUCCAGUAACAAAAAACCACAAAUAAGAUGUGUAACGAAAAGCACUGCACAAAAGGAAAAUGUUGCUCAGCACAUCAACUAUGCGAAGAAUUUAUUUGAUGAGAAGAAGAUGAGUUUAUCAGUGGUGCAGGACGAGGACGAACAGUUUUAGACAUGUGUUACAUAUAGAAAUGUAUAACAUUAUAUUAUACCAGUAUGUGUUACAUAUACAAAUGUGUAACAUAACAUUAAUCCAUGACUCGGUGUAUCAUUAUUUAUAAUGAUUUAUUUGUUAUCAUUUAUCAAUGCAAAGUAGCCUGUAGAAUGCAAGAAACGGGGGCAAUUAGAAAGAAGAAAUAAUACAUGUACACGUGUAUAUGUAAAACAGCACAUAAAUUAUCAGUUGUUUUGAGUGGUAUAAUUCUCUACUUGGCUAUGGAUAUGUUUAUGAAACAUACUUGAAAUAUAUUUUUUGCAUUCAUUCCAGAUUGGUCCUUGAUUCUUUUUACCCAUGUUGAAUGAGAAAACAAUUAACAAUGUGGAGGAACAAUUUUGAAUCAUAGCAUACACAGUCCUGAGAGGGAAUAUUUGUUGUGAUAUAAGAAAACUAAACAUACAUUUACAGAAAUUUUUACUUAUAUCUUUUUUGCAUAGCCAAUUUUUAUUUUGUUUAUUUUGCCAAAGCAACACCUCAUCAAAAUCUACAUUGAAUUUCUGAGUUUAAACAAUAAGCAUCGCAUCAUUAGAUUUGUAAUAUAAAUAAGGUUUUGUGUUUCUAGGUUCAAUUAGCUUAUUAGCUACAAAAUAUGUAAAAUAUCUCCAGUAAAUAUAGUACCAGGUGCAGUUAGUGUUGAAAAAAAUUCUAAAAUGUUGUAUAAAGUUAGGACAUAAGUAGAUAGAUUUAAUAUUAGAUUGUUGUACAAGAUACUUGGAUGAGUCAAUAAUGUGUUCAUUGAUUUUUGAUAACUAUGUUCAUUCAGUAUAUAUACAAGGAUCACAGUUUUAUUUCAGAAGUGCAUUCACAACAAAUUAUAAUGGCAGGUUUUUAAUAAUGGCAGGGCAGUUUUCUUAAUAAUGGCAGGGCAGUUUUCUUUAUUAAUGGCAAUAUAUAUAAAUUGUCUUGUAUUUCAAUAGUAUUAUUUCUAAAAAUAAACAGAAAAAUGAGCAUUCCAGCAGAUACUUACUUUUGAUAUGUAUAAUAUGAAAAUGUACAUAGUUAUUGAAAAUUAGUGGUUACACUAUUUAGUCAGAUAUGUGCAAGAUUACAGUGAAACUAUUGUGUUCUUAGUUAUAUUGCUAAUAUAAAAGUUCAAGGGCUGUGAUUUUUUAAAUACUAACUGUGGUGAAUUCCAUGUUCUGUGAUUGUGUAUAACAAAAAUAUAAUUGAGCCGCGCCAUGACAAAACCAACAUAAUGGGUUUGCGACCAGCAUGGAUCCAGACCAGCCUGCGCAUCCACACAGUCUGAUCAGGAUCCAUGCUGUUCACUUACCAACUCUAUUACAAGUAGAGAAACUGAUAGCGAACAGCAUGGAUCCUGAUCAGUCUGCGCGAAUGCGCAGACUGGUCUUGAACCAUGCUGGCCGCAAACCCAUUAUGUUGGUUUUGUCAUGACGUGGCUCAUAUAAGCGAGUAGAUGGUCAUUAUGUUGUCACGUCAUGUAUAUAUGUAAUUUUGUAUAUAUAUGUCACUUGUAGUGUUUAUAAACUUUUAGUAAACAUUGAUAUCUCACCAUUAUACUAGCUUGAUGAGGGAAAUUCAAAUUCAUAGGGAUAUCACAAAAUGCAUGUAGUUCAUGUUAAAUCUUGUGUAUUACAUGUAUCUUCUAUAGGUUUGUUGUUCUGUGUAAAUAUAUUGUAGUUUAAAAAGACUGCAUGAGGUCAAUAAACUUUAAUAAUACACAUUGGUGAAAAUAAUGUUUUAUGUUUUAAGUCUGUUGUUGAAUCUAUUUUAUGUUGUUUUUUUUUUUUAAUUUUUGUUUAUAGUUUUCAAAAUUUAACAGAAGAACCUAUUAAGCAGAGAUCCUUAGUGGCAGCUUUCAAAGUUUAUUCUUUUCUCCUUUAUUUGUAUAAAGUUAUAUAUUCUAUGUAAAACUGUCUGAGAAGUUAUAAAACUGAUAUAUUUUUGUACAUACAGUAAUAAAUUAUACAUGACAUUCCUAUCAAUGCAAUUUUUAAAUUGUAUAACCUUUAAUCUGCUGAAGGGACUUGUCCAGUUUCUAUUUUUGGAAAUUUCCAUUAUGAAUUUUGGAGGUAUCGGGAUGAAAAUAUGAAGUUGGUUAGCCAUUAGUAUAGAGCCUGGUCAGAGGGCAGGAAUGUGAGCGCUGGCCUGGCUCUAUACUGGUGGCAAAGGCUACUAACUUUCAGUUCCAAAUGGGAAAGGGUGAAUUAUUUGACUUUUUAUAUUGUAAUAUAAAUCUCGUGUACAUGCAUGGAUUUUAUUGAAAUCUAGAUAUAAACUUAAGUUACAGUAUCUAUAUAAACAGUGCAGAUAUAUAUUUUGUAUGCAAUCUAUUUUUGUCAAGAAAUAUUUGAAUUCUUAAGAUUUUUAUUACUGAUCUUUUUCAAACUACAUGUACAUGGUUAAAUAAGAAAGCAAAACCAACAAUGCCAUGAAAAAAUUGUUUGUGAGCUGUAAAGCAUCAUUAUAUAAUACACUUGAUCUUUAAAGUUAUCAAGUUACUGGUACUUUAAAUGUUUACUGAACCCUUAACCUUUCAUCUAGAUAUCUAUUUCCGACUUUUAGUUGUUUUUACUGUUGUAGAAUGAAUAUUAUAUUAUUUUGAAUUUAUAUUAUUUAGAAUUUUUGAAAACUACAUGUUCAGACUGUAAAUUCUCCAGAAGGACUUCUGUUUUUUUUUCUGUUGUGCAAUCAUUUAAUGUUGUGUUUUUCUAUGUGGCAUGUAGACAUAAAUUUUGUGAAAUUUAGUAAAUCCUGAGCCUUCCAUUUUGUAAGCAAAGUUAAUGUUUUCUUGUAUUUAUCCAUGUGUAAGUGAACAAAUGUGAUGCUUAUGUAAUGAAUCUUUGUGAUUGGCUAAGAUAUGGUCACAUGAUGUGUAAUGAAAGUUAAGAGUGGGCAUGCAAUGAAAAUGUAGCAAUAUUAAAAAUGUAUGUUUAUUUUGUUUAGACAUUUUGUGAACCAAAAGAUGGCAUCAGGAUCACAAUCAUGUGUGUUAAAGUGGAGACAUCAGUUUUAGCAAUACAUGUUUGGUUUUUUUGUAUAACAAGCAAAAUGUAUUUUGUAUCAGAAUUUUGUUUGGCAUUUCAAGUCAUUUACCCUAGUGGUAAUAUUUUAUAAGCAGUGAAGAAUUUCUGAAAAUACUGCUGAACUGAUCCAUGUUUUUCUCAGAGAAGUUAAAUAAUGCAUGUUUGUGAAAAUGUACUUUAAGUGUAUUUUUUUUGCUGUAAAGAAAUUUGUGUAUAGUGUUACUUUUAGAUUCAUAGAAGUGCAUUGUAUUAAAUGUGUAUUUCCAAUUGAAAGCAUAAUAUUAUCAUGAAUUGUUUGUAAUGUUUCUUCGGUGGUGUUUGCUGCCCUUGACUCUAAAUCACUUGCUCCUUUUUUCUCUUGGUUUAAAUUACACAAAUCCCUUUCUUUCAUGUGAGGAAGCUAGCUUAUUGAACAUUGAUGGUUCUAUUCAGGUGCCAAUUUGUGCCUGAAAUAAUGCAGCAUCAAGCACCUGAGAGGUUUUCUUCCACUUAUGUAAAGCUGGAAAAAUGCUGUAUGAUGUUAGCAGUGUUGAAGCUACGUAAAAUCCAACCAAAUGAAUAAAACAACACUGUUUCUCGUAUGUGACAUUUUAUAUUGUACUGUAUUUUAUGGAAGUACAGUAUAUGUGUAUUUGCUGUGCAAUCCAUUAUUUUAAUUGAAGCACAGAUACCAAACAUUGUAUUUUAUUUGUUUCGAGACAAAUUUGGUUUACUCAUACAUUAAUAUAAUCAUCCAGCAACUCUAAUUUGGUGCAGUGUGCUGUUUUGAAAUCAAACUAUUCUUUCUUUUUUUCUAGUCCAUUUACAUAUGCCAUUAUUCCACCUUUACUAUUUAGUCCACCUUCAUUGUCACUUUUUUCUUUUUAUUUUAUUAAAUGUAAAUAUUAUUGUUACAUGUAUAUUUAAGUUGGCUCUAUUUUACGCUUAGAAACAUGUUACCCUUGGAAAUUAACAUGUUUAUACUUACUUGACUUGUAGAAAUAAACAUUUUAUGCUUCAAAUUAACAUGUCAUUUUAAGGUGCUUAAAUAAACAUAUUUUAUUUUGCUUAGAAAUAAACGUGUUAAUUUAUGGUUAAAUAUAAACAUGUAAUUUUAUGGUUAUAAAUAAAAUGUUAUUUUAUGGUUAGAAAUAAACAUGUUAUUUUAAUUCUGAAAAGAACAUACUAUUUCAAACAUCAAGUGGUAUUUUAUUUUGUGAGAUUUGUGUUAUUUUGCAUCAACUAACAUUCACAAUUCAAGGAUAUAAUAAAAUGAGUUAACAGAAUGAAAUUCAUAAUAAGUUUUCAUUUUGCCAUGUUUCCUUUCAAUUUCAUAAUUUACUUUAUGUAUACUUUGCAUAAACGAUAAAUAACUUGCAUGGCCCAAGGAAACAGUAAAUAUCCAGUAAAUAUCCAUCGGAAUUUACCUGUAACAUUCAGUUUAUUAAGAGUGGGGCAAUCUUUUUACAUUUAAGGCAGAUUUAAAUUUUAUCCUAAACAUUUUCCAAGAUCAGCUAUUGGUCAGUGACACUAAUAGCAGAUAUAUGAUCAAUUAAGUUCAACUUGAUGAUGAAAAAAUGAGCGUAAUGUCACUUUAAAAGAGCUUUGUUACUUGAAAUAUUAUGACUUUUAAAUCUACAAGGAUAUAGUCACAUGAUGUAGUUAAACCUCUAUUAUUGUAUAUAUGAAAAGGGUUUGUUGUACAGAAAUAUUACUUUAAAGAAUUGAAAAUGUG